AUGUGUGUCGAUGGGUGCCCCAUUGUUGAUGGGGUGCGUGUUCCCCUAAAGCUGUACGCAGAUGACCUGAAUCUGCUUGCCCACAAUUACCGGCGCCUAAUGUGCCUCCUUAAGGCCCUCACGGAGGGGUGCAGCGCAGCAUUUGGCGUGGCGUUCAUACUCGGGGCCCUGCGAGGUCCCGCCCACAUGCCUCAACCCCCCUCAAUUUCAUUGACACGUUUGAAUGAGCCCCAAAUCGUUAAGCAAGUCUCGUGUUGCUGCAACCGGAGAUCUCACCAGCUUAAGCUCCUGAAUCGCGGAUGGAUAGCUCUUGAAGCUCAGGACGCCAAAAGUCAGUCGUAUGAGAAGGUACAACCCAACAAGGAGCAGCAGCCACAGGGGCGCCUGCACGUGGCCUCUGGCAUGUGA